GGCGCCGUAACACCGUCGCUUCCCCGCUGACAGUCCGUCCGUCAGUGGCGUCGCUGGCGACGUGGUUCCGCGGGGCCUACGAUUCGGCGUCGGCCGUGGCCGCGAUCCUAGAAAUCGACGUCGCACAAUGAUACGUGGCUCUGCGUCGGCGACUUGGUAAUUAUCCUCGGUGCGUGCGCGAGCAGCGCCGAGUCGCGCCGCAAAGAUGCACGCGUUGCACGUCGUCAUCGGUGCGCUGCUCUGCGCGUCCUCGCUCGUCUACGGGAGCGAGCUCGAGUACGACGGCUGGCUGCAGUUGAGGUUAUGGCACGCGUUCAACGACGAUCCGGUGCCCGUGUUCACGGAGCGGGGCAACGUCACGGUGUCCAGCGUGCGCAGCGGCGCCUCCGUCGUCGGGCAGAAGGGCCUGCUGCCGGCCGAGAUAGGCGCCCUCGAGAACCUCGCCGAGCACGACGGCAAGUACAGGCUGAAGGCGCUGGCCCGCACCUCUUCCGGCGGUGAGGUCGUGUUCCUCACCUCGGUGCCAGCGUGCUACCUGCUCGGCUCAGAUCUGGAAGACGUCGUGACGAUAUGGUUAGACAGUACAGCGGAGCCGAUAGCUGUGAGCAUCUCGUCGUCGGGCCCCUGUAAGCUAGAUAAUCCCUUGUGGUCCACAAACAUGUGGACCACCAAUGUCUUGGUCAGAUACCCGGACGGCGGUCCGAUCCCAGACACCGCUACGUAUAUCCAGAAGCUGGACCGAGAACGGGAAGCGAGGGAGAGGGGAGAAACUAAAGAUAAUCGUUCGUUCCUCGCGAAAUAUUGGAUGUAUAUCGUUCCUUUCUUGAUUUUCCUGCUGCUGUCAUCCGCGACGAAUCCAGAAGCUGGCGGGAGCGCGCAGAGACAGUGAUCCCGCGCGAUGAAAACAAUGUUGUGCCUGCGUGAGCACUGCAUCCCAAAGAGCGAUCUUGUGGAAGUUGUUCAAAUUUAUAGUAUAAUUUCAUAAGUGACAGAUAAUAUUAAAGAUAAUUAUAAAUACUUAAGGUAUACAUAAAAUUACAUUUCUGCUGAAAUAAAUACGAUCAGUAAGUUGGA